GGACUACUCAAGCAGGCUUCACCUAGCUGUCGAUCAGUUCAUUAUUUUCCCUCACUUUCCUUCCCUUUCUUGUCAUUAUUUGCACUGAAAAUCUGCCUCUGUGAUCUUACUUUCCUCCCACUCUUCCUCUACAAACACUACUGUCUUCUUUAUAUCAUCUCCCCCUUCGCUUUCGUAGAUGGGUUCUUUUCAUUGUAACAACGUUGAAGCUGAGAAAGCAGAAGCCAUGAGAAGGUACAAUCGCCACAUAAAGUUGAAAAGUUUUCUUUUCCUUGUAGAAAUUGUCGUGGCUUUGGCUUUGCUUUCAUGGUCUUCUUAUACUUACAUCCCCGUCGCUGCUGAAAUGGCCAAAGGAUUUCUCUGCCAACCCGUCGUUCUUUUCGGCCGGUCUUUGUUCGUUUUAAUGAUUGUCAACGUUCUCAUUCUACUUAUCUUUGUUUCCUCCCAAACGCCGGCAAAAUCAGAUUUUUACGACGAGUAUGUCAACAUCAACAGCAACAUCUCUCGCCGGAGUAUUCCCGCGGCCGAACAAUCUCCAGACCCGAAGGAAACAACUGUAUAUGACAAACAAAUUGUUUGUGUGGAUAAUGCGGUAAAUUCUCCAGUCGAGAAAAAUAUUCUUCUCAAUCCUACUGCCACGUUACCGGAGUCUGAACUGGAGGAAAAGCACGUGAUUUCUCCGGUUCGAUGCAGCACCGUCGACACGGUGAGUGAGUCGAAGAAGUACACAAGGAGUCGGUCGGAGCGUUUGGAACAGGAGAAUCGAAGGGAGCUGCGGCGAUCAAAGACAGCGGUGAAGCGGGAUAUAGCAGGGGAUAAAAAUGAACCGGCGAGGAGGUCGAGCGCCAUAGAUGACUUGAGCAGUGAAGAUUUCAAGCUUGCAAUAGAGACUUUUAUUGCUUCACAGAAGAAAACUUUAAUCCGAGAGAACACUCUUGAUCUCAAGCUAGAAAGAAAUCAGUGUCUCGCCAUUACUAUGAGCGCUGCUGUCAACUGAGAACAUGCAUCUUGUUUGAAAAAUAAAUUGUAGGCUAAUUACCAUAUUAAUCAAGAGGUGAGGGAAGCUCCAUGUAAUUCAAAAUCUCUCUAGUUUUUCAUGUCUGUUUUUUUCUUGUGAUCGUGGAAUGUACAGUGAUAUAAUUCCCGGUUACCAAUGAAUUAAAAAAUUUAUGCUUUUUUAUAAAUAAUUUUCUUCA